GUCAUUCUACUUGAAUUUUCCAGCUGCAGAAUGUGUAGUACCUUUAAAGGUUGGCUGUGAUGAGUAAACUGGAAUUAAAGGAAGACAAGAUGUUGGAGGUUCGAUUUGUGGGGGAUGAUGAUGUUCUUAAUCACAUUCUUGAUAGAGAAGGAGGAACUAAAUUAAAAAAGGAACGAACUCAGCUUUUGGUUAACACAAAAAAAUUACUAAAGAAGCCAGAAAAUGACUUAGAAGAUGACCAGGAAGUCUUAAAAGAUCAGAAUUAUGUGGAAGUUUUGGGGAGAAAUGUUCAAGAAUCCUUGAAAAAUGGCUCUGCUGCAGAUAGUGGAAAUAAAGUUUAUUCUUUUCAAAACAGGAAACACUCUGAAAAGAUGACUAAACUAGCUUCAGAACUAGCAAAAACACCAAGAAAAAAUGUUCAAUGUAAUUUGAAGGAAGAUCCUGAAAUAACAAUAAACACGCCUCAAAGUAGCAAGGGGCAUUCUGCUUCAGACAAAGUUCAGCUAAAGAGCAGUGACGAAAGUAAAUAUCUUUCAGCAGCACCUAGUGGUCUAAGGAAAAGAUUAAUAAUUUCAAGUUGUCAUUCUGACAGUGAAAGUGAGUAUUCUGCUUCCAACUCAGAGGAUGAUGAGGGGAUUGCACAGGAAUAUGAAGAAGACACUAAUGAAGUCAUACUGAGCCAAAAGAUUGAAGCUCAAAACAGAGUAGUUUCAGCUCCUUUUUGCAAAGAAAUACCUUCUAAGAAAAUAAAGAGAGAUAAAACAAGUAACUUAGUUGAAGAAUAUUUUGAAGCUCAUAGCAGUUCAAAAGUUUUAACUUCUGAUAGAACACUACAGAAAUUGAAGAGAGCUAAGCUGGAUCAGCAAACUUUGCGUAAGUUAUUGAGCAAGGUUUCUCCUUCCUUUACUGCUGAACUUAAACAACUAAAUCAACAAUAUGAACAAUUAUUUCAUAAGUGGGUGUUACAAUUACACCUGGGGUUCAACAUUGUCCUUUAUGGUUUGGGAUCUAAGAGAGAUUUAAUAGAAAGGUUUCGAACCACGAUGCUGCAAGAUUCUGUUCAUGUUGUCAUCAAUGGUUUUUUUCCUGGAAUCAGUGUGAAAUCAGUCCUGAAUUCUAUAACAGAAGAAGUCCUUGAUCAUGUGGGUACUUUUCGCAGUGUACUGGAUCAGCUAGACUGGAUAGUUGACAAAUUCAAACAAGAUUCUUCAUUAGAACUCUUCCUACUCAUUCACAAUUUGGAUAGCCAAAUGUUGAGAGGAGACAAGAGUCAGCAAAUUAUUGGGCAGUUGUCAUCUUUGCAUAACAUAUACCUUAUAGCAUCUAUUGAUCAUCUCAAUGCGCCCCUCAUGUGGGAUCAUGCAAAGCAGAGUCUUUAUAACUGGCUCUGGUAUGAAACUACUACAUAUAGUCCGUAUACUGAAGAAACUUCCUAUGAGAAUUCUCUUUUAGUUAAACAGUCUGGAUCACUGCCACUUAGUUCCCUAGUUCAUGUCUUACGAAGCCUUACUCCUAAUGCAAGGGGGAUUUUCAGGCUACUAAUAAAGUAUCAGCUGGAUAACCAGGAUAACCCCUCUUACAUUGGACUUUCUUUUCAAGAUUUUUAUCAGCAGUGCCGGGAGGCUUUCCUUGUCAACAGCGAUCUGACACUUCGGGCCCAAUUAACUGAAUUCAGGGACCACAAGCUUUUAAGAACAAAGAAGGGAACUGAUGGAGUGGAGUAUUUAGUAAUUCCUGUAGACAGUGGAACAUUAACUGAUUUCCUGGAAAAGGAAGAAGAGGAGGCUUGA